GCUCAGUUCGGCCGGUUCUCCCGGGAAGCUAUUAAUAGCAUUACGUCAGCCCGGGACUGGUCCCCCGGAGUAAACGAGCGAGCCGCCAGCGCGUGCUAUAAAAGGGGUGAUGCAACGCGCUCCGAGCCACAGUCGCACUCAGCCGGGCGCGCACUGCACAGCGCUCUCCCCGAGCGGACCCGCCAGCCCGCGCGCCGACCGAGCGUCCUCGGUGCUCGCCCGCCGGCCGGACAGACAGACAGCCCGACCCCGUCCCGACCCUGCCCGUCCUCCGGACCCUGGCCGCCCCGAGCGGAGACUGGAGCAAAAUGAUGCUUCAACACCCAGGCCAGGUCUCUGCCUCGGAAGUCAGUGCUUCUGCCAUCGUCCCCUGCCUGUCCCCUCCUGGGUCGCUGGUGUUUGAGGAUUUUGCUAACCUGACACCCUUUGUCAAGGAAGAGCUGAGGUUUGCCAUCCAGAACAAGCACCUCUGCCACCGGAUGUCCUCUGCGCUGGAGUCGGUCACUGUCAGCGACAGACCCCUCGGGAUGUCAGUCACGAAAGCUGAGGUAGCCCCUGAAGAAGACGAAAGGAAAAAGAGGCGACGAGAAAGAAAUAAGAUUGCAGCCGCCAAGUGCCGGAACAAGAAGAAGGAGAAGACGGAGUGCCUGCAGAAAGAGUCAGAGAAGCUGGAGAGCGUGAAUGCCGAACUGAAGGCCCAAAUUGAGGAGCUCAAGAACGAGAAGCAGCAUUUGAUAUACAUGCUCAACCUUCAUCGGCCCACGUGUAUUGUCCGGGCUCAGAAUGGGCGGACUCCGGAAGACGAGAGAAACCUCUUUAUCCAACAGAUAAAAGAAGGAACAUUACAGAGCUAAGUGGCCACAGUGUGGGGGCAACUGGGGAGUCCUCACUGAAUCCUCCUAUUACACCGAAAACCCUGAAGCCAUUGGAGAGCUGACUUCCUGUGCACCUCUAGAAUCCCAGCAGCAGAGAACCAUCGAGGUGGGAGGGCCCGCGGUGACUCAGUGGGCCUUUCUGUUCUGCCCCAGAGUGGAUCUUGGAUCAGGGCAAGUGCACCUUUGCCUCAACUCCAGGACUUAGGCCUUAAAACACUGGCUGUUCUUAGAUGUUCCAGAUGGCCCCUGGCUAGGGUCCUGCCCACCUUUCAUCUGGAUUCUGUAAAACCCAGGAUGCCCACCGCUGGGAUUCAUGCAGAAGUGUCUGAAUCUUGGGUAGGUGGGGUGGGGCCACCACCUCCACUGAGGCUGCCAUCGUCACCCGUAGGGGACGUGGAGUGAGAACGGCAUUUAGCGAAGUUGUGCAAUGGCCAGGGUUGUGCUUUCUAGCAAAUAUGCUGUUAUUGUCCAGGAAUUACUGUGUGCAAGGCAUUCAUUUCAAAACUAGGCAUCGUGCUCUUUUGAUGUUUGUUUGGCACAACACUGGUGUGACUUUUACGUGAUUUUCCUCAGAUCUGGUUUCUGAGAGCUUGCGGGGGGGCUGUCACCAUGUGCAGUGUCUCACAAAAUGUUCAAGUGGCCGGAAGAGCUUGUCAGCCCCUGGAGAACAGAAUUCUCCUGGUGUUAAUACAAAAUCCGUGGGCAUGACAGCAGUUCCUCUGUUGCGGACUCAGUUCCAAUGUCGCAGGAAGAAAGCAGAAAGAAAGUCCAACUGCCAAAGGGUUAGGACUCUCCACUCAGUGACUUAGGUCAGGAGUUAUUUCUAGGCUGGAAGAGCCAAAGAAUAUUCCAUUUUCCUUUCCCGGUGGUAGAAAACCACAGUCGGUGGAGACAUGUUUAAGGCCAGCUGAUGCCCAGGCUUUAGCAUUAUUGGGUGUCAGUGGCAUUGUUUUUGUCAUGUAGCUGUUUUAAGAGAAAUACGGCCCAGGGCAUUUGCACCUGUGAGAAGUCACUCACACUGGCCACAAAAACUGGCUACUGUCUUGUUAAAAUUCUGAUGUUUCUGUGAAAUCCUCAGAGUGUUUAAUCCUACUCGAUAGUAUCAUUACAAUUUUCUGGAAGAGAAAAUAUUAUUUAUCCUAGUAUUCCUAACCUGUCAAUAUAAUAAAUAUUGGAACCAAGACGUGGCAAACA